GCGGUCCCUGCGAUAUUAAAGAAGAAAAAAACACUCGCUCACAAUUAGGCGGGCACACACACACACGCACACACACAAGCCCCGCGGUCAGUCAGAGAGUCGUCAGUCAGUCUUUGUGCUUUCGGAGCGUUUCCAUUGCGUCGAGGAGAUGUCGGCGAACUUGCCGGCUCGGCUGGCGUCCAGGCUGCGGCGGGCCCGCGACCUGAGGGACGAGGAGAAGCUGUACCGGCACCGGGGUGUCCUCUACCCGCUCCUCAUGUGCCCGCCGGAGCACCUGAGCGCCCUGGAGGGCGUGACGGCCAGGGAGGACGACGUCUUGCUGGUGGCUUAUCCCAAGUGCGGUUUCAAUUGGAUGGUGGGCGUGCUGAAGCAGAUCCUGACGCAGGCCACGGGAAGGACAAUCGACAUCAUCAUGCCGCCGCUCAUCGAGUUCUUCGGACCGGACGUCGCUCAGGUGAUGGACCAAAUGGCAUCUCCCAGAUUGUUGGGCACCCACAUGCACCCCGACAACAUCCCCGCCUCCUUCUACGCCAACAAGAGCAAAAUUCUGGUCAUCUUCCGGAACCCCAAAGACACGCUGGUGUCCUUCUACCACUUCUGCAACAGCAACCCCGUGCUCCCCUCCUCAACCUCCUGGGAUUCCUUCUAUGGCAACUUCCUCUCUGGAGAGGUUCCCUGGGGCUCGUACUUUGACCACGCCUUGGCCUGGGAGCAAAAGAUGGCCGACCCCAACGUGAUGAUCGUCACCUACGAGCAACUCAAGCAAGACCUGGCCGAGAGCGUCCGUCACAUUUCGUCCUUUUUGGACGUGGAGAUGAGCGACGCUCAAGUGCAGCUGGUGUCCGACGGAAGCACCUUCGCCGCCAUGAAGGGGAUCUCGCAGAUGUCGCACGGCCCCAUGGGAAAUAUCUUCUUCAGGAAAGGCGAGAUCGGCGACUGGAGGAACCAUUUCAGCGAGGAGCAGAGCCGCAAGAUGGACCGGGCGUUCAGCAAACAUCUGGCCGGAACCCGAUUGGGCCGCUUGCUCGACUACGAACUCCACUGCAAGUAGUCGGACGCCGCGGCAGCAGUCGACAACUUUUCCGAGGGCCUCGCGCCAACUUGGCCCGAGGCGAGCUCAUAUUUCGAAAAGAUGAGCGGCCAAGCUUGAAAAUCGAUUUAACUCUAAAGAGAAUCGAGAUGAAAUUCAGUUGGAGAAUCCAUUUUAUCGGCUACCUACAAUGAGAAAUCCGUUUUCCUCCGCCUAGCGGUGGUGGCUGCCGGGUCAAUAGAGGGCGCUAGCGCAGCAUCCGACCGCUUCGGCUAAGUCUGAAUCUGUAACCAAAUCCAAUUUCUAAGGAAAUCUUUGACCCAGCUCAACCAGUUAAUUGUCACGUUGACCUCUGUUGUGUCAUUUUACGACGCCAUUAACCUCCCGCCAUGUAAACAAAUUUGAGCACGGCGGGGGGCGCUCCAUUCCAUGUGACACCUG